UUCCGGGGAACGCGGCCUCCGCGCUUCCGGUAUCUUGAUCUUCCAGGGCUAAGUGCCGCUGCUCGGCGCUGGAGUCGCCGUGCCGCCGCCGGGAUCAUGGUGUUCUACUUCACUAGCAGCAGCGUUAACUCAUCUGCUUACACUAUUUACAUGGGAAAGGAUAAAUAUGAAAAUGAAGAUCUGAUAAAGUAUGGCUGGCCUGAAGAUAUUUGGUUUCAUGUGGACAAACUCUCUUCGGCUCAUGUAUACCUUCGAUUACAUAAGGGGGAGAAAAUAGAAGACAUUCCAAAGGAAGUACUGAUGGACUGUGCCCAUCUUGUGAAGGCCAAUAGCAUUCAAGGCUGCAAGAUGAACAACGUCAAUGUGGUUUAUACCCCGUGGUCUAACCUGAAGAAAACGGCCGACAUGGAUGUGGGACAGAUAGGCUUUCACAGGCAGAAGGACGUGAAAAUUGUGACAGUAGAGAAGAAAGUGAAUGAGAUCCUGAACCGAUUGGAAAAGACCAAAAUGGAGCGGUUCCCAGACCUAGAGGCAGAGAAAGAAUGCAGAGACCGCGAAGAGAGGAAUGAGAAGAAAGCCCAGAUUCAGGAAAUGAAAAGGAAAGAAAAGGAAGAGAUGAAAAAGAAGAGGGAGAUGGACGAACUUAGGAGCUAUUCAUCACUAAUGAAAGUUGAGAAUAUGUCUUCAAAUCAGGACGGCAAUGAUUCAGAUGAAUUCAUGUGAAUGGAGAAAAGGACCUUUUAAAGAUCCUGCAAGGCAACCCGUGUGGCAAGAGAUAGGACAAGACAAUGAAAGGGGAAGGCACAAAGCCUGCAGGUCAUAAGGCAUGCAGAUGCACAUUCUAACCACACGCAGAGUCUGCAGCUGUAUUCUAACCCAGCAAAAAUACCUCCUCCAGCAGAUAUUCCACCUGUAACAGCACUUUGGAGUGGCGGGUAAAACCACAAGACUUCAGGGUUUCUGUUUAUCCCAAGCUGGUGUAUGGGGUUGAACUGGAAGAUUUCCUGAGACAUAACUCGGCCAAAUUGUGAGAAGGGGUGUGGGAGAUGACUCCAGAAAUUUGUGAUUGUGUGUUUAUAUAUGUCCAGUCAUAUUCAGCCUGGAGUUCUAUGAGUUGGAAAUGUAAUAAUAAAGACUCGUUUUUUUAUUUGGGAGGAUAC